UACACCGACAACUGCGUAGCAAUCCGUAUAGACAGUUACUCACAUGGGAUUCACUUUAACUUUUACAUUUAUUCUUACUUUAUCAACAAACUCGAGAUAACAAGCUAUAGUUAGCGUAAGUCAAAACGUGUCCUUAUUUCUGACGGUUAACACUUCGUGGACAAACAUUAAAUACAACUGAAGCAGCUGAAACAAUGCCAGUCCCUCAAAAAGCUGGAACAGUGCGAUCCAAACAGGGCUCUAAUGCUCAUUCCCAGUCCAAGGCACCGGCUGUAAAGAAUUCCAAAAUCUACAGUAAGAAGAAGGAUGAUGAGGAUUGGACAGAGCUUGGCGAUGGAGGGGAUGAGUGGACGCAGGGGAAGACUCUGCUGAAGCCUCCAGACCAGCUGGACCUGUCUGAGGCAGAGCUAAAAGAGGAAUUCACUAGAAUACUGACAGCAAACAAUCCACAUGCUCCGCAGAAUAUCGUCAGAUACAGUUUCAAAGAACGCUCCUAUAAGCCAAUCAGCAGUGUGGACCAGUUGGCUGUUCACUUUGUGCUGGAGGGUAAUCUUUUGCACAAGGACUCUGACGAGGCUCGGAGACAGAGGGCUAAGCAAGGGCUUCAAGAAGAGAAACCAGCUGAAGCCUCUGUAGCAGAAACUGAGGACAAACCAGACGGUCCGGCAGAUGUAGCCGAGGAUGCGGGUGAUGCAGAGGAGGGUGCUGGAGACGAGAGGCCUGACAGUGUGGACGUCAAGCCGGGGAUAAAGGAACGGAAACUCACCAACCAGUUCAACUUCAGCGAGAGAGCCUCGCAGACACUUAACAACCCUCUGAGAGAGAGAGGAUGUCAAACUGAACCUCCUCCUCGUGCCACGUUUUCUGCUACUGCUAACCAGUGGGAGAUCUAUGAUGCCUAUGUGGAGGAACUGCAGAAGCAGGAGAAGAAUAAGGAGAAACAGAAGGCUCUCCUUUCUAAGAAAGAGGAAGACAAAGGCAAGAAGAAGACAACAAUGGUGGAGAAUCCGAGUGAUGACAUAACCAAAGUUGCAAAGGUGUCCAAGAUUGUUGAGCGCAUGGUGACUCAGAACACCUAUGAUGACAUCGCUCAGGAUUUCAAGUAUUUUGAAGAUGCAUCAGAUGAGUUUCAGGAACAGGAGGGCACACUACUCCCACUGUGGAGGUUCCAGUACGACAAAGCCAAGCGUCUGUCAGUGACAGCCCUGUGCUGGAAUCAGAAAUACAAAGAUCUGUUUGGUGUAGGACUUGGGUCAUAUGACUUCACUAAGCAGGGUCGAGGCAUGCUCCUGUUCUAUUCCCUGAAGAACUCCACCUACCCAGAGUUCAUCUUCCCAACUCUGUCUGGGGUUAUGUGUCUGGACAUUCAUAAGCAGCUCUCCUACUUGAUGGCAGUGGGCUUCUAUGAUGGCUGUGUGGCCGUUUAUAACCUGAAGGACGACGGGCCGCAGCCGGUCUAUAAGAGCACUGCUAAAACAGGCAAGCACACGGACCCUGUGUGGCAGGUGAAGUGGCAGGAAGAUGACAUAGACAACAAUCAUAAUUUCUUCUCGGUCUCCUCCGAUGGCCGUGUGGUAUCGUGGACCCUUGUGAAGAAUGAGCUGGUGUUCACAGAUAUAAUUAAGCUGUCGAUAGAAGGACCUAUUAAUGAGGGACAAGAGGGCAUGCAGCUUCCUGCUAUGGCCUGUGGAACAUCUUUUGAUUUCCAUAAACAGACUGACUACCUUUUUCUUGUUGGCACAGAAGAGGGCAAAAUUCACAAGUGUUCCAAAUUCUACUCCAGCCAGUUACUGGAGACGUAUGUAGCGCACAACAUGGCGGUGGAUGCAGUGAAGUGGAACCACUUCCAUCCUAAAGUCUUUAUCUCCUGCAGCUCUGAUUGGACUGUCAAGAUAUGGGAUCACACCAUUAAAAGCCCGAUGUUCACCUUUGACCUGAAUGCGGCUGUGGGGGAUGUGGCCUGGUCCCCGUACUCCUCCACUGUGUUUGCUGCUGUGACCACAGAUGGAAAGGUCCAUGUGUAUGACCUCAGUGUUAACAAAUAUGAAGCUAUUUGCCAGCAGGCAGUGGUGGCCAAGAAGAAGACCAGGCUAACUCACAUUGAGUUUAACCCUGUGUACCCCAUCAUCAUCGUGGGCGACGAUCGGGGCUAUGUCACCAGCCUCAAGCUUUCUCCCAACCUCCGCAAGAAGCCCAAGGAGAAGAAGGGUCAGGAGUUGCCAAAGGGCCCAGAGGUGGAGGUAGCUAAGAUGGAGAAGCUGUUGUGUCUGCUGAGGGAACCUGAGAGUACUUCAAAUGAUUAAUGCUUAGCACUAUUUCUUUCUCCACAACAAGGCAACUACAAUGAAGACUCCCUUGAGAAUGUUUAGUGAUCUUAUGAAGAGUUUUCACAGACAAGUUUUGUCUUCUGAAGUGUUUAUUAAAAUAAUUCAUCACGUUUAAA